AUGAUUUCAAGAUAUUUUAAAAAAAAAAUACAUAAUCUUAGAAUAUCUAAGACAUGUAGUGUUAAGGACGCUAUAGAAAAACAAGUAAAUCCGAAUCAAAUAAUCACAGUUUAUGGAUGGAUAAGAUCUUUAAGAAAAAUGAAAAAUGUAACAUUUGCGCUUAUCAAUGAUGGAACAACAGGAAAAAAUAUGCAGGCAGUACUUAAACCAGAUCAAGGAAAAGGAUUAUCAACAGGUUGCAGUGUAAAACUAACAGGAUUAUAUAGAACAACGCAAGGUGGAUCUAAGGAAAAACAGGAAUAUGAGCUUCAUGUUAAUGAUUUACAGAUUUGCGGAUACUCAGAUCCAUCAUCUUAUCCAUUACAAAAGAAACAUCACGAUCUAGAAUAUCUUAGAGAAAAAGCGCACCUUCGAUUGCGUACAGAAUCCAUGUCUAGAUUGUUACGAUUGAGAUCCUUUUUAAUAUCAAUUAUAUCGUCGUUUUUUUCCAACAAAGAUUAUAUUCAAACACAUCCUCCUAUUUUAACAUCAUCUGAUUGUGAGGGUUCUGGAAAAAUAUUUAAAGUAGAGAGUUCAAAUGAAUCAGAUAAUUUCUUUAAGAAAAAUACUUAUUUAACAGUCUCUACACAAUUACAUUUAGAAGCAUUAUCACAUUCAUUAUCAAAAGUAUGGUCUUUAAGUCCAACAUUUAGAGCAGAAAAAAGUCGUACAUCAAAACAUUUAGCAGAGUUUUAUAUGUUAGAAGCGGAAAUUUCUUUUAUAAAUGAUAUAGAAGAUUUAAUGUCAAUUGUAGAACAAAUGAUUCAUGAUUUAGUGGAGAACUUAAAGAAUAGCUCUAUUGGUAAUGAAAUGAUCACCGAAAACUACAAGACAAAUAAAAGAGAUCAGAUAAAUCUUGAAAAUCGCUGGAAUUUCUUUUUAAAAGAACAUUGGACCAGGAUUACAUAUGCAGAAGCAAUUAAUGCUCUAAAAAACUCUUCUGUUCACUUCAAAUUUCCCCCAAAAUAUGGACAUGAUUUGCAAACUGAACAUGAAAAAUGGUUAACUGAAAAAUAUACACAUAGUCCUCUUUUUAUCAUAAAUUAUCCAAAAGAAUUAAAGCCUUUCUACAUGCGUCUUAAUAAUGAUUCACUCAAAUAUGAGGAUCAUAAUACUGUCUCUUGUUUUGAUCUUCUUAUACCACAAAUUGGAGAAUUAGCUGGUGGAAGUUUACGUGAAGAACGUAUAGAUAUACUUAAACAAUCAAUUUCCACUCGUAAAACACAUUUAUCAAAUUUAUCAUGGUAUAUUGACCUUAGACGUUGGGGAACAGCAAAACAUGGUGGUUUUGGUCUUGGAUUCGACCGUUUCAUUGCUUAUUUAGCCGGUAUAAAAAACAUAAAAGACGUAAUGGCUUUCCCAAGAUGGCAUCAACAUUGUAACUUUUAA